CAGAACCAGCGUCAGAGCCGGACAGCAAGAGGAGCGAGGCGUCUCUUCACACUCAGGAACAAAGCAUGACAAACGUCACUCAUUCCUUCCACAUCGUCACACCCAACGACACCAACCACGAGGACGACAGCGUGGUGAGCAAUGACUUCUCCACCACCCUGGGCGCCCUCAUCCUGGGCCUGGUCUUCCUCCUGGGCGUCCCCGGAAACCUCUUCGUCGUCUGGAGCAUCGUGGCGCGCAUCCAGCGGCGCUCCGUCACCACGCUGCUCAUCCUCAACCUGGCGUGCGCCGACGGCUUCCUCAUGGCCCUCACCGUCUUCUUCAUCAUCUACCUGGCCAAGCAGAGCUGGGUGUUCGGCAACGUCAUGUGCAAAGGCGUCUUCUACCUGUGCAACACCAACAUGUACGCCUCCAUCUUCCUCAUCACGCUGAUGAGCAUCCACCGGCUGCUGGCCGUGGUGUUCCCGCGCAGGGUGUCCCGGAGGAUCACCAGGAAGGUCGUGAGGAGGGUCAUCCUGGGCAUGUGGGUGCUGGUCAUGCUCAUCUCGCUGCCGUCGCUGGUGUUCAGAGACGUGAGGGUCGACAGCGACGAGAAGGACAAGAAGAGACUGGUGUGCGCGCCCAAUCACACCCUCCCUCGACACGUCAGGUUUCAGUACGCCUUCGAGACCGUUUCUGGGUUCUUUCUGCCGUACGUUAUCAUCAUCACCUGCUACGUCAUGAUCCUGAGGCGUCUCAGGCAGACCAAGUUUCAGAGAAAGGUCCGCAGCGAGAACCUCAUCCUGGCCAUCGUGGUGACGUUCGGCCUCUUCUGGCUGCCGUACCAUGUGAUCAACAUGAUCCAGGUGGCGGCUGAAUGGUACCCAGACAACUCACCAACGAGAGAAAUAUUGGAUCAUAUUGCUAAAUCCAGCCGCGCCGUCACCUCCGCCUUGGCCUUCAUCAGCAGCUGUGCCAAUCCGGUCCUCUACACCUUCGCCGGGAAGUCCUACAUCAAGCAGAACGGAUUAGCUUUCAUGGCCAAACUCUUCGAGGGCACAGCCUCGGAGCAGACGGGGAACAAGAGCCGGGUCCUGCGGAACAACGGACACAAUGUGGGCGACUCCAGCAACACGAACUCCUCCACACAGAAUGGGGUCAUCCAGUGACCUUUACACUCAGCGGACUUUGUACAUAAGUGAGCAUAUUCAAGUUAAACAUUUGUGAAGCUGCAUGUGGAGCGUGCUGCUUCUAAGGCUGGAUUUUUCUGAAUAAAUGAUUGAAAGUCAAAGGUACUAUUUUUUAAAUAAAUAUUUUAUUUUGAACAAAUAAAGGUGUAGCACUGUACUUUGGAAGCAAUCAUAACAAGCUUUGUGUUCGUGAUCCGGGAAUUGCUCGAUGUUGAUUCUGAAUAUCAGUCAACUGUCCAUGGCAAUCGUAUCUGCAGCUGCAUUUAUCUAAUGAAGCGAACACUGGAUUUAUCGUUUCCUCCAGCUACAUGUUAAUGGAGCUCUCCGUUUCCCCUUUGACCUGUUGGGAGCUGGACUCACAACCUGCUGCACAACUUUUCAGCAUUUCCCCCAGUCUGAAUACUGUACUUAUAAAGGUAGUAACCACCAUUUCCUAACUUGUGAUUUCUUUGUUCCUGAAGCAGUUUAGAAGUUACUACCAGAGGUUCAUAUAGGAGCAGGGAAUGAAUCAAUACUCUGUACAUUUGAGAAACUACUGAAUUACUGUUGAUUGAGGGAAAAUUAGAGGUAACUGCACAAAUUGAAUUAUUUUGGCAACAUGUGGAGAGAUGAGCUUAGAGCAGUCCUUAACUUGUUGCCCAUGAGUUUAUUUAUUAGGACUAAUUUAAGACCGAGGGUACACAGACUGCUCACUUUCUAAUGUUGGCUAUAGGUUAUCAUGACGUUAUGAGCCUUUGAGAUUCUGCAUUAAUGAAGAGUCACAGUGGUAAAGGCCUUUGAAACGCUUGAAAACUUGUGUUCUUUGAGCUAGGAUCAAAUGUCUGAAUGUCCAUUUUGCUCAUAUGCAACACUGCUGGAUCACACCGUCUAACUUAUGUACUCUUGGGUGAAUACUGUAUGUAGAAUUAUGGACCAACUAAGUUAAUACUUUUUGUAAAGGCAGGACUUUGUCUUCCGUUUGUGA